UACCAGGCAUAAAAACGAGACCUGCCUAUUCUGCUAAUGCCAGUGCUUGCCAAUCUCUAUCCUUGAACUCUUACACCUCUAAGUUCAACUUCUAAUCAGAUAAAGAUAACAACACCAAGCCAAGAUGUCCGACAAAAAGAUGUCAUCGAGUCGCAAGCAUCAUCUGAAGAGCUUGAUGCUUCAGAUUGCUUCAACACGGCUUGAAGAAGAGGCAGCUGAGAUUGUAAUAGCAAAGAAGGCCUACCUGGAGGAGCAUUGCCCUGCCCUUAGUCUACCUGGCAGUGUUGAGGAACUUCAGAAACUGAUCAAAGACAUCCACGGCAAGAUUGACAAAGUGGAUGAGGAGAGAUACGACGCAGAUGCCAAAGUGACAAAGGGACAAAAGGAGAUGCUUCAGGCUCUGCUGGGCUCAAGCACAAGGUUACCAUGGACUUGAGGUCCAACCUGAAGCAGGUGAAGAAGGAGGUCAAGCAGGAG